AUGGGCAUUUUGGCACCACUUGGAGUUCUGCUGGUGUUCACCGCUGACACGGCGGCUGCCAUCGAUGGUGGUAUCGAUUCGAUCGAAAAAGCCGCUGGCAAUGCCACCAUCACCGGGACCGGCGUUUGUGCCCCCGGAAGUGCCUGCGUGCGGCUACUCCAAUGCCCGGAAGUCGAUCGGAUGGCCCUCGUUCGGUACCUUUCCCGUCCACCGCACCUUCGCUCACCUGCCGACCGUCGCUGGAAACAGUCGGUUUGGCAUCGAUGUCCUAUGGCCGAUGGGACGUUCAUCGGAAUCUGCUGUCCUGAGCAUCCGGCCUCCACCGAGGACGAGCCAUCAGAACCGUCAAAUGUGUCUGCACCAUCAGACGAGAAUUUACUUCGAACCGCGGAACGCAUAGGCUCUCUCGAACUGCAGCGGUUCCUCGCGCAUGACCAACGCACCCACGGCCAUACCCCACUUCCGGUCGAUGCGAUUCCACCCGAGCUGGUGUGGGAAGGACUAGCGGAUGUGCUCACGCUGCAAGCGCUCCAAGGACUCACAAACGGGACAGCUGGAAGGUCCUUCCGGCGAGCGAAACGCUGCCUUGUUGGGCCACCCUGUGAAAAGCCACACUCACGCUACCGGCGCUUUGAUGGACGCUGCAACAACGCCGACCCAGGUGGCAGUCUGUGGGGUUCUGCCGGCUUUCCAAUGGAACGAUUACUUCCUCCAGCGUACGGGGAUGGCGUGUGGGCUCCCCGGAUCGUCUCCCUCACCGGUCGGUACCUUCCAACCGCUCGCAAACUCUCCUCCAACCUGUUCGCGGACCUACACAACCCACACACGACCUGCAACGUGCUGCUGAUGCAGUUCGGUCAGUUCCUUGCGCACGAUUUUUCACGCAACAAACCCAUCGCUGCGCAAGGCGCCUGUUGCCAUGCGGAUGGAUCAGGACGCGUGAAGGAUGCUCCACCCGGUUGCAUGCCCAUCCCAGUGUCCCGGCAUGAUGACUUUUACGCCCAACACGGCGUACGGUGUCUUCAGUUCGUGCGAACGGCCGUUGCAGCGGUGCACGAGUGUAAUGCCACCCCACACGCACGUCAGCUUUCCGCCGUGAGUCACUUCAUCGAUGGGUCACCCAUUUAUGGUGCAAAUGGUGGGCAAGCUCGAGAUUUGCGCGCCUUCGAGGGUGGUCGGUUGAGGUCACUGUCUCACCGGCAUUUUCACAACGAACUGCCACCGCUCGAUCGUACCGAGGGUGCGUGUGAUCCGCACGCGAAAAUGUGCUUCCAAACUGGGGAUGUGCGCUCGAAUCAGCUCGUAUCGCUCGUAGCCAUCCACACGCUGUUCCUGCGCGAACACAACCGACUGGCAAGGAGUCUGGAGCAGAUAAACCCCCACUGGGGUGAUGAGACUUUGUUCCAGGAGACGCGUCGAAUUGUCAUCGCUCAGUUGCAGCAGAUCGCUUUCGGCGAGUACCUCCCGAAGGUGGUUGGACCACGUUAUAUGGAGCUGUAUGGGCUUAAGCUGGCUCCGGGUGGGUCUUACAGUGCGUUCUACAACCCCAAAACGAACCCGUCCGUUUCGAGUGAGUUCACCGUGGCGGCUUUCCGGUUUGGCCACUCAACCGUACCUUCGCAGCUGGACCUGCCAGAUGGUGCGGUGCCAACCUGGCGCACGUUUCUCGAUCCAACGCGCUUUCGCGAACGGCCCUUUUACGAUGGGUUGCUCGAAGCGCUUCAACACCAACCGAUGCAAACGGUUGACGAACUGUUUACCGUCAGCUUGACGCGCUUGCUGGACGUAAAACCGGGCCAAUCGCACGGUGUCGAUCUGGCCGCGAUCAACAUCCAGCGAGGGCGUGACCAUGCGCUUCGUCCUUACAACGAUUACCGGCGGCUAGCGGGUCGAUCGGGUGCGGUUUCGUUCGAGGAGUACGGACCCGAUCUUGGGCCACGGUUGGCCGCACUGUACGCACAUCCGGAAGACGUCGAUCUGUACGUGGGCGGUAUCCUGGAGAGACCCGUCGAUGGGGGUCUCGUGGGUGAAACGUUCGCGGAGUUGAUCGCGGAUCAGUUCGCGAAGUUUCUGCACGGUGAUCGGUACUUUUACAGCAACGGGCCGGACUCGAAUCCGGGCCAUUUCACGCCAAGUCAGUUGGGUGCGCUUCAGCGUGUCACGCUUGCGGGGCUUAUAUGCGCGAAUGCUGGUGACGCUGAGCUGGCGCAUGUCCUGCCAGAUGCGUUCGCGCUUCCACACAAGGAUAACGCGCGUGUUCCGUGUUCCAAGGUGUCUCGGCUUGAUUUGAGCUGGUGGAAGGACUAA